AUGGAAUCUACUAAGCACCGGGCAAGACAGGCUGUCUUCUGGCCUGGUAUCAACUCAAACAUUGUCAACACAAUUGUAGCUUGUGAGUCAUGCCAGGUAUUGCAGCCAACCCAGCAGCAGGAACCAUCAAUGAAUGCCGACAACCUCACGAAGCCCUUUGAAUCUGUUUCAGCAGAUUUAUUUACCGUCACUGGAAAAGCCUUUCUCGUCAAACUUGACCAACUCUCAGGAUGGCCUGCUGUUGUCCCAUGCAAAGGUGAUACUACUGCUUCUGAUACAAUCAGGAUCUUCUGCUGCUACCUCCAGGAAGUUGGUGUGUCUCUCCAUCUCAGGACUGAUGGAGGACAACAGUUCACCAGUAACGAGUUCCUGGACUUUAUGGAGCGAAGGAAGAUCCAGUGUAAUCUGGGCCAUAGAUGUGAUGAAUGUAGGGAUUGGUCUACAGAUCAGAUGCAGGCUUAUAUCAAACAUCGGAAAGCUCUUACUUCAAAGAGUAAAGCCAGGUUAGCUCCAGGAGUUAAACCAAAGGCAGAAGAACGUUAUCCUAGUGACUUAGGCGUCAGUUUCUUUUAA